UCCAAAACCGUGUAGGAGAGCAGAGUAGCCUAAAAAAUGAAUAACACAAUCAAACCCCAUUUCCAUUGCUUGUUCUGUCUCUUCAUUUUGUUGCUAGACAAGUUGGUGGUGACGCAAAACACAACCGUCCCAGUUAAUGUGGGUGUGGUACUUGACUUUGACUCGUUGGUUGGGAAAAUUGGGUGGAGUUGCAUCAACAUGGCGGUCUCAGACUUUUAUGCCACUCAUGGUGGCUAUAAAACCAGGCUAGUCUUGAACGCCAGGGACUCCAACGAAGACGUUGUUGGCGCCGCAGCUGCCGCUCUGGACUUGAUAAAAAAUGUAGAAGUGCAAGCAAUCAUAGGGCCAACAACUUCAAUGCAGGCCAACUUCGUUAUUAAGCUUGGAAACAAAUCUCGAGUGCCCAUAAUAACAUUUUCUGCAAGAAGUCCGUCUCUUACUUCCCUUGGGAGUUCAUACUUUUUCCGAUCCGCACAAAGUAGCUCAUCUCAAGUGAAAGCCAUAAGUGCCAUUGUUAAGGCUUUCGGAUGGAGAGAAACUGUGGCCAUAUAUGAAGACAAUCAGUUUGGAGAAAGCAUUAUACCUUGCUUAACGGAGUCCUUGCAGGCGAUCAACGUUAGGGUCCCAUAUCUGAGCGUCAUUUCCCCAUCAGCUACUGAUGACCAAAUUGAUCGGGAGCUUUACAAGUUGAUGGCAAUGCAAACAAGAGUGUUCAUCGUGCACAUGAGAAUGUCUCUUGGUUCUCGGCUUUUAGCCAAAGCAAAAGAGAUUGGAAUGAUGAAUGAAGGGUAUGCUUGGAUCGUGACUGAUGGGAUGACUAAUCUUUGGAGAUCAUCGGAUUCCUCAACCAUAGAUUCCAUGCAUGGUGUUCUAGGUGUGAGGACUUAUGUUCCCAAAUUAAAAAAGCUUGAAGCUUUCAAAGUCCGCUGGCAAAGGAAAUUCCAACAAGACAAUCCAGACGUUCUUAAUGCUGAACUGAGCAUUUUGGGACUCUGGGCUUAUGAUGCAACAUUUGCAUUAGCCAUGGCAAUUGAGAAAGCUGGCUUUUCGGAUUUCCACUUCAACAAAACAAAUGUUUCCAGCAGUGCAGUAGACCUUGAAAAUGUUGGGGUCUCACAAAACGGCCCACAACUCAUCCAAGCAUUAUCAAGCAUCAAAUUCAGCGGUCUUACGGGUUACUAUCAUUUUGUAAAUAGGCAGCUACAUUCUUCAGUAUUUCAGAUAGUUAACGUAAAUGGAAAUGGUGAAAGAAGGAUAGGGUUUUGGACACCAGAAAAUGGGCUUGUUAGAAGAUUAAAACCGGUAAACAGAAAGACAAGCAUAAAUUCCUCUUCUAAACCGAAUCUUGGCCCCAUUAUAUGGCCAGGGGAUACAACCAUCGUUCCCCGAGGUUGGGAUAAUCCAAGAAAUGGGAGUAAAUUGAGAAUCGGGGUUCCAGUAAAUAAUGGAUUUAGUGAAUUUGUAAAGGUAACAUGGGACCCUAUUUCUCAGAAAGCAACAUUAAUCGAAGGGUACUGCAUAGACGUUUUCGCUGCUGUAAUGGCUAAAAUGCCUUAUGCUGUUCCGUACGAGUUCAUUCCAUUUGCAACGCCAGAGGGCAAGAGUGCUGGUUCUUACAAUGACUUGAUUGAUCAAGUACACUACGGGAAUUAUGAUGCGGUGGUAGGAGAUACGACUAUUGUAGCAAAUAGAUCAUUGUAUGUUGACUUCACAAUGCCAUACACAGAAUCUGGUGUGUCAAUGAUCGUGCCAAUCAGAGAUAACAGGGAGAAGAAUCCAUGGGUUUUCUUGAAGCCCUUGACAUGGGACCUCUGGGUAGCGAGCGGUUGCUUCUUUUUAUUCAUAGGAUUUGUUGUCUGGGUUCUUGAGCAUAGAAUAAAUCAAGAUUUCCGUGGAUCCCCUGCACAUCAAGUUGGCACAAUGAUCUGGUUCUCCUUGUCAACCAUUGUGUUUUCACAUCGGGAGAGAGUGGUGAGCAAUUUGGCUAGAUUUGUGAUAAUUAUAUGGUGUUUCGUGGUUCUCAUUCUCAUCCAAAGUUACACGGCCAGUUUGACAUCACUUUUAACUAUUAAACAACUCCAGCCUACUGUAACUGAUAUAAACGAGCUCCUUAAGAGAAGGGAAAGUGUUGGUUAUCGUGAUGGCUCUUUCGUUGAGGGAAUUUUGAUGGAUUUGAAGUUCCAUAAAUUUCAGCUUAAGAAAUAUAAAUCUCCAGAUGAACUUGAUGAACUUUUUACCAAGGGAAGUGCCAAUGGAGGUAUUUCUGCUGCUUUGGAUGAAGUUCCUCUUAUCGAGCUGUUUCUUGCAAAAUAUUGUGGUAAAUAUACAAUGGUGGAACCGACAUUUAAGACUGCUGGCUUUGGUUUUGUGAGUCCUUACUCAAUUUCUCAUUUUCUCUCUUGCAUUGGCUUCCUCCCUCUAUAUGGUUUAGCGUUCGUGCUGAUUUCUAAUUUGAUUUUGCAGGUCUUCCCUAAAGGUUCCCCUCUUGUAGUAGAUGUUUCAAGGGGAAUUUUAAAUGUUACUCAGAGUGACGAAAUAAAUCAAAUUGAAGACAAGUGGUUCAAGAAGGAAACUGUUUGUCUUGAUCGCAACGUCUCAAUAUCUUCAAAUAGUCUUGGUCUUGAGAGCUUUAGUGGACUGUUCCUCAUUGCUGGAACCGCCUCCCUAUUGGCUCUCGUCAUAUUUGUGGCAAUGUUCUUGUAUGAGCAAAGGCAUGUAUUCUUGCAGUUCGAUCCCGAAACUCCAAUAUGGAGAAGAAUCCAUACCAUGUCAAGAUUCUUCGACCAGAAAGAUCUAAGCUCUCGUACUUCUACAAACGAUCAAAACGGGGAAGGAAGUUACGCUCCCAGUGUUCAAAGUACAGGUUUUCUUGGAGGCUCACCAAACACUAACUGCCCACCAAGUCCAUCAAGCUGCUCAAACCAGACAAAUUCCUUAGAAUUUGUUUUCCUCGUACAGCAAGAAAGUCCUCCUGUAAAUGUUGAUCUGACUCCAAGUGGUUCAGCAACUCCAGAGAUAUUCCCAUCUCCGGAAAGAUCUAUUGAGCUUGCCAACUGAAAUUAAUGUCACGUGAGCACAAUUCAUGUAAAUUUGCCCACUCAAUCAAGAGCAAAAUAACAGAUUACUAUUAAGUGAUAUAGAGGUAGGAUCAUAUAGAAUUAGA